AAAAAUGAACGACAUGAAUAAUAUUGGUUAUGUUACUUACGUUUUAUACCGUUUUACAUUUACUUAUUUCUCAAACCAACAGUUACAAUAUUAAAAGAGAAGAAAGAACAGAAUAUAAUGAAGUUAUUUCGAAAACUAAUGAAACUGUAACCACAAUGAAAACAAUUACACAAGAUCAAAAUUAUUAUUUGAAUAUGAUAAAAUAUUCAAGAAAAGUUCCAAAUUUAAAGUCAAAUAUAUUUGAUAAGAUGCUAUCUAACGAAAUGUUGUCUAUUAAGCAACAUUUACAUGAGAAAGAUACAAUUUCGUCAUCAGUUUAUUUUUCAUUCAAAAACAAUGUACAUACUCCAACACUGGAAAUAAAUCAAAAGUGGCCUAUUGAUAAAUUAAUAUCUGUAACAAGUAAUAAGCCAAAGUUUAAUGAUGCUCGCAGCGAUAUAUCUGAGGAUUUUUCUUUGUCAGACAAAAAACAAAACCCCGAUGGAACGAAAUUCAAUGAAAUUGUGUAUAAAGAUGAAAAUUUAAAUAUGGAAAUUGGGACAAAAAAUAAACAUAUCGAAGUUUAACUACAGACGCUUUUAAAACUUAUUAUCAUCCAGAUAUGAUGAAUGAUUUAAAAUUACCAAAGCAUAAAAAACAUAGGAAAAAUAAGAAACCGUACGAGGCAAUAUUCUUAGAUGCA